AUGAGAGGUUCUCUAAAAAUCACUGUAUCUUUACUUCUCUACGUUGACUUUGUUCAAGCGAAAAGAGGACGAGGAGGAGGAAGAGGUGGAAAUGGGACUUUUAUAUUUGUUGGAGAUUUUGAAGGAUGGGAAAGUGUUUUCUUUGUUUUGGCUACCUUGAUUGUUGCUUGUUUGUUCAAAUGUUGCUGGGAUUGCUACGUCUCUGGUCUCGCAGACAACAAGGAAGAAGACGGAAAAGAACCCGAAGAAUCGGCAGAAAAUAUUUUGCUGGAAGAUCAAUAA